ACAUCAAUUCUAACACUAAGGGGUCAGAGUUACAUAUUGCUCCUUUAAUUUUUAUUUACAUGGCAAACAAUGAAGGACGAGACACUUGACUUGCAUGUUUAAAGAGUGAACAAAUAACUUAAAAAUAAAACCAGUCACACUCUGCAUAUCUGUGUAAAAUAUAUCUGAGAGUUGAAUCCAGGAUGUUAAAGUGCACGGCUCUGUGUUUGUUUUUAAAUGUUUGUUUUCUGAAUCAGAUAUUAAGCUCGAGUUGUGGCAAAGGUCACACCCACUAGCCAUCAGACGUCUUAGUUUACUAAUUAUCUGGCCUGACCUCCGAGUGGAUGGAUAUGUCUCAGACUGGAGUUGAACUGGCUGCUGCUGCUGCUGCUUGUAAGGAGGAUACCUGGCUGCGUCUUCAUCCUCCUAAAAUGAAAAAACAAGUGACAUUUGCAGAAGGUCAGACGGUCUACAGGCUGCAUCAGGAUGACGCUUUUCAAAGGAGUAUUGGGAUGAAAGAGUCAAGGAUGGCCGCUCGUUUGAAAACUCAACGACCAAACGUCAAAAGAUGUGAACCGCAGCUCCAUGAUGUAAAAACUGUACAAAUCCCCCAAACAAUGACAGCAGGCCCUUUUCUGAAGCACACAGCGCUAACACCAGCUCAGAAGGAGUAUCUGUACACCAUCGCAGCUUCCUACAGCACGGCACAUGUGCGUGACCUCAUUAACCAGCAUUACAUGAACGUGCUGCACAGGUGUAUCCCAACAGGUCACGACCCUGAGAGAGACGACCUGGUUGUGCCAUCUUCUGUGAACUUACCUGGGACUGAGGGAGAAGCAAACAUCCAUCAGGAGUGUUUUCCCCAACUAAACACAAAGAGAAGAUACAAACAGGAGCAAGGAAUCCUGGGAAAUCCUCUCUUUCAAAUACCCAAGCAGACAAACAAGGUGGGAGACAGAACUUCAACAAAUAAAACAAGGAGUAAAAAAAGACGAUUACAAAUCAAUUUAGAGCCACAAUGA